AUGAUUAAACAACAGCAACCACAGCAACUUAAGGCACAAAGCACCCAGGUCCCUCAGACCAUUACAUACGCCAUAUAUGCAUAUAAUUCAAAGACGGCAGAACAAACGCAAAGGUUGAAAUAUGGAGAUUUGGAGAUAGUAUUGAAAAAUGACCAUUUCGAAUUCGUUUGCAAUGGUGGUGCAGUGAUAUCAAAUAUAAAAGAAAUUUUAUUUAUGAAUUCAAAAAUUAAAGGUAUAACGGAUGAUAUAACAUCAAUUCCACCAGAAGAACAAAGAUAUUACGCAUUAAAUGCAUUUCCUAAAGUUUUGAAGAUUGGAAGAUUUAAUUUAAAUGAGGAAUUCAUAAAAGGUUUCCUAAAUGACAUAAUGAAGAAAGCAGAUAAAGAAUGUGUUGCUGCUGCGUUAGAGAAGAAAGCGGAUAAGGAAUAUUUUAACGAAAAAGAUAAUGAAAUUAAAGAAAGGGUUGAAUGGUAUCAUGAAUGGACAUCAAAGAUUUUAAAAACUAAAGCCGAUACAGGAUGGGUUUCAGGAUGUUUAGACCUUAAAGCGGAUAAGGAAUAUGUUAACGAUGAGUUAGGGAAGAAGGCAGAUAAAACAUAUGUUAACGAUGAGUUAGGGAAGAAGGCAGAUAAGGAAUGUGUUGCUGCUGCGUUAGGGAAGAAGGCAGAUAAAACAUAUGUUAACGAUGAGUUAGGGAAGAAGGCAGAUAAAACAUAUGUUAACGAUGAGUUAGGGAAGAAGGCAGAUAAAACAUAUGUUAAUGAAAUAUACCAAAGUUUGAUAGGAACAACAAAAAAUAUUGAAACUAUUGUUGGGGAUGUUUCUAUCGAUGAAGAAAAUAAAUAUUUUAGAUGGCAGUUUGUACACUCCUUAAGAAAUGGUACACGGUAUAAACUCAUUCCGAAAAAUAACAAUGAAAUGUAUGUAAGCUAUAUAAAGAAUGAUGGUACACAAGUUAAAGUUCCAUUAGACAACAACUGUUACUUAAACUUAUAUGGAGACGAACAAAAGAAAUAUUUAAGAGUUUAUGAAAUGACAGAUAUGACAUUGCCUGACCCAGCUCCAGUACCAUAUUAUUAUGACUAUGGAUAUGACGGCGGAGCACUACAUGCGGAUGAACGAAAGCUAACAUUAUAUUUAGAUUAUUAUAGAUAUAAAAGAUAUAAUGCAAUAGAAAAAACGAGAAUAGUAUAUUAUUAUACAGAUGACAAAAAUAAAUAUUAUAGUCAAGACUUUACCUACCCUGAAAACAUAAGAUUAUAUUAUAAAAAAUAUUCUGACACAAACCAGAAGAAACCUGAAAUGGUUGCACUAUAUUUUAAGUUCAAAAGAGACAAUCCUAUAUUAUCUCAUAUGUUUGAUUUAAUGAACCCAGUAGGUUCUAUUUAUACAUCUAUGGAUGCAAGAGGUCCUCAAGUAAUGUUUGGUGUUGGUGCAUGGGAACAAAUAGUUGACAGGUUUUUGUAUUGUGCAAACUCUUCAAAGGAAACAGGCGGAAGUAAAACGAUUUCAGGUGAAAAUUUACCUGCACAUAGUCACUACAUAGAUUUAAGCACAUCUCAAGCGGGUUGGCAUAAGCAUAGAUAUUGGGAUUGGUCAGGAAUGACAAAAGGUAAAGGAUAUGAUGUUAAAGACGAUGUUAAGUUUGCUAUAAAUUGUUACUGGAGUGACACUCAGGGAGAAGGAAACCAUACACACCACGUUUCAGGAUAUACACAAACAACGGGACAAAGUAAAGAAUACAUGCCACCUUACAUGACAGUUUACGCAUGGUAUAGAGUUCAAUGA